AUGCAGCGGGACAAUGUCCGCGCUGUGAGUGUGCCGGAUGCAGUCAAGCGCUUCACACAAUACUGCGAUCAAUAUUUCGAAGGAACUGUAUUCAGCAGUAAGUGUCGCAGCUGGUAUAAGGGUGGCACUGAGAGUGGUCGGGUCCCCGCUCUAUGGCCAGGUUACUCCCUGCACUCCAUGAAGGCGCUCGCAAACCCCCGGUGGGAGGACUUCAAGUACUGUUAUGUGCAUUAUAACGCGUCUGGUUGGCUUGGGGAUGGUUGGACAGAGAAUGAGAAGCAGAACAAGAUCGAUGUGGAUUACUUGUUGAUUUUCCUCGUUCAAUGGAUGCCACCGAAUACAUAG